UUCUCAACUGGAAGAGGUAUUAAACAAAUAGAAGCAAUUCAUAUUUGAAAUAAUAAAAAAUAUUUCUGUAAAUAAUGUAGAGCAUGCAAUCCGUAAUAGAACAUUUACAAACCGAAUACGACAAUAUUCCAAUCACUGGAGUGCUCCUCGUUUAUCCGGACUAUUAUGUUCACGUGUUAGAAGCAUCGGAAGAAAUUAUUUACAAGCAUUUCAAAAUUUUGUACGAAAGUGACAAUGUGGAUCCCGAAUUUGGGGGAUCGGUUUUUCUUCCGUUUUAUCCUCAUGUUCAUCAGCGAUUUUUCACACAAUGGUUCCACGUGUUCACAAUACCACCUUCCUUAUUCGACAUACCGAAAUCGUACGAAGUGGAAGAUAUUCAAAAGCAAAUGAGCAAUUGUCUCAAGAAGGUGUAUCGAUUCUGUGAUUACAUCACAAACAUAGACCGCGAUUAUUCAAUUCCUAUGAAAGACGUGGUAAACAACUUGGGUGAGCAGCUUUUACGAGUUUUACCCGAGAGUACCUUGAUAGAGUACCUGUUGAAUGCGAAGAGCCACGUUCUUUUGACUGUUGAAAACUACCUUAAUAUACACUGCACAAUCCCAUUCAUUAAUUUGUACCAAGGUAAUACCAGCUUCUUUAAUUGCACCUUUUUACAAGGACUUGCCAGUUCAUAA